AUGCCUACCCAACCACAGAUCGCCAUUGUCGGACGCCCGAAUGUCGGGAAAUCCGCUCUUUUCAACCGUCUCGCAUCGCGGCGAAUCGCCAUUGUCCAUGACCGCCCCGGUGUCACGCGCGACCGCAUUUCUGCGCCCUGCGCCCUGACGGAAAAGAAAUGCGAAUUGAUCGACACCGGUGGAAUUGGCGCUGGGACCUAUGAUGAAUUUGCCGAUCAGGUCACAGUCGAGGCUCGCAUUGCCAUCGAUACAGCAGACAUCAUCCUCUUCGUUGUCGAUGCUCGGGAAGGGAUUAACCCGAUCGAUGAAGUUGUCGCCAAUCUUCUACGCAAAGCUUCCCAGCGAGUCAUCCUCAUCGUGAAUAAAGCCGAUCACGAAGAACUCACGAUCAACGCCGCUGACUUCGUGACACUUGGAUUUGGUAAUGGGAUUGCCACCUCAGCAGAACAUGGACUUGGCAUGACUGAGCUCACGGACGCACUGAAUGAAAGGCUUGAUCAGAUUGAAGAAAAGACCGCCGAAGAAGAAGCGGAAGCUCUCGCCGAAGGGCUUAAAAUUGCCGUCGUGGGAAAACCGAAUGCCGGUAAAUCCUCACUCAUCAACACCCUCUUAAACGAUGAACGCACCAUCGUCUCGGAUGUUGCUGGGACAACUCGGGACGCCAUCGAUAUCCCCUAUACUUACGAAAAAGAACGCCAUCUUCUGAUCGACACCGCCGGCAUGCGCCCACGCUCACGAAUGGAUGACGCCGUAGAAGUUUUCUCUGCCAUGCGAUCUGAGCGCUCGAUCCGCCGAGCUGAUCUCUGCCUCCUCGUCAUGGAUCUCGCAGCGGGCAUCUCUGCACAAGAUCGUAAAAUCGCUCGACUCAUUCAAAGCGAGAAAAAACCAUGUAUCAUCAUCGCCAAUAAGUUCGACCUCUAUCACCCCGAGGCCAAUAAAAAAGAUCGGAUCGAAGAAGCGACGGAGGAAAUCAAACGCGAACUCUUUUUCCUUUCAUACGCCCCUUUUGUUUGCGUCUCUGCCCUCAAAGGCCAAGCGAUUCAGCACAUCUUCCGCACGAUUAAGAACGUUCGCGAAUCGGCAGAAAAUCAAAUCAGCACCGGCAAGCUCAAUCGCCUUCUCCAAGACGCCUUUACCAAAAAUCCACCUCACGAGCAUCGCCGUCACCGGAAACGUCUCAAACUUCUCUACGCCACCACAGCGGUGAAUGAUCGCUACCUUGCUAUUCCCGUCCCUGAAUACAUUCUCUUUGUCAACGACAAGCACUUGGUCAACGAUUCCUAUAAAAACUAUCUCACCAACACCCUCCAAGACAAUCACCCGACCCCUGGAAUCCCUGUUCCUUUUUCUUUCCGAUCACGGCGAUAA